GAGUACGGAUGUAAAAACAGUUGACAAACGCCAGCCUUCUUUACAUGUUUACAACAAUAACAAAACACAAAACAACAAGUAUGGCUACCAGUUCAAGAUUCAGCAGUAUUGUACAGCUGACAGACUUGGAUGACUUCAUCAAUCCUUCUCAAGAAUGCAUUAAGCCUGCUAAGACAGCAAAUGUAAAACAAGUUACUUCUGCUGGAAGUGCCAAAAUCCAAAUCGGCGACGAUGGCAUUUACACCCAAAUCAAUAAGGAAGGACAACCAGAAAAGUUAGAGAAAGCACAGAUUACUCUCAAUGACUGUUUAGCUUGCAGUGGAUGCAUAACAUCUGCCGAGAGUGUGUUGAUUGGCCAACAAAAUCACACAGAAUUCUUAAAGCUAUGCAAAGAAAUUCAGCUGUCUUCAGAAAGUAGAGUGUAUGAUAAGAUUGUAGUGGGGCUUUCAUCCCAGCCAAUUCUUUCAUUUGCAAACAAAUUCCAAGUAUCUCCCAUAGAAGCAAGAGCUAAACUAUCAGCUCUUUUUAGGCAACUUGGUGCUGCAAAAGUGUUUGAUGUUGAAUCAUUUGCAGAUAUGUGCCUAGUUGAGUGUGGACAUGAUUUUGUUCAAAGAUUCAGAGAAAAGUCAACCAAUGCUACAUCAGUUCCAGUACUUGCUUCUGCUUGCCCUGGUUGGAUAUGUUACGCGGAGAAAACUCACGGAAGCUGGAUCUUACCGCACAUUAGUGAAGUUAAGUCUCCACAGCAAAUAGCCGCUACAUUUAUCAAAGAUUUACUUCCCAACGAACUUCAAACGGAUGCUUCGCGUCUCGCCGUCGUCAUGAUAAUGCCGUGUUUCGAUAAAAAAUUGGAAGCGUCUCGUAGCGAUUUCCUUCGCGAGGAUCAGCAAACCAAGGAUGUUGAUUUCGUUAUAACUCCUGUCGAAAUCGAGCAGAUACUUGAGGAACUAGAUGUUGAGUUCACCGACCUGGAUUCAUCUCACGUUGAUCAUUUGAGUAAAGCCGAGAUUCCGACGUGGAAUAUACCAUCUGGAUCCGGCUCAGGAGGUUAUGCAGAGCAUGUGUUGCGAUUUGCCGCCAAAGAGCUUUAUGAUGUGACCCUGGAACACAUCACGUUCCAGCCAGUUAAAAAUUCGGAUAUCAGAGAAGCAUUCCUUGAAAUGGAUGGACAGCAGGUUCUUAGUGUGGCAAUUUGCAACGGAUUCCGAAAUAUUCAAAAUCUAGUUCAAAAAAUGAAGCGGAAGAAGCGUACGUAUGACUAUGUCGAAGUCAUGGCCUGUCCAUCUGGUUGUCUAAAUGGUGGAGCUCAAUUGCGAUUGGAAUCUAAUGAAACAAAGAUACUUUUAUCAAACCUAGAGAUUCUCCAUACGAAAAUCGAAAAGCAUGAUAUUGAUGAGACGAAAGCUGAUGAUUUAAGUCAUGCCUGGCUUGGAAAAUCUUCGAUUGAGGAACGAUUGAAAAGGUUAAGAACCAACUACCACGCUGUGCAGAAGUCAACUAAUGCUCUAACUGUUAAGUGGUAGAAGAAAACUACUUCUGGUGCAAUGGGGUUUAUUUGGAAUGUUCAUCAUUCAAUUUUGAAAAUAAAUAUCACCGGCACUCUAAGUUACAAAAAAAAACUAGUUAAAAUGUAUCCAAAUGAUGAAUUACACAUUUUUCUAUAUUA